AAGAAAAUUCUACUGGUCCACUUAUCUUCGUCUUCGAUGAGAUCUAGAGUUCCUCCAUGAAAGCACCAGCCUCACAACACCAGACGUUUAAUUUUCUAAUGAUCAAAUUAAAUACAUCAACUGUUAAUCUUCCUCUUUCUAUACAUCUCACACCUUUUACUCGGGCCAUCAAUAAUGAUUGGGUUUCGUAACCGCUCGAGGGUCUCUGCUAUAUAUGUAGUUCAUGUUAUGCAACGAUACCUUGCCUCUCAUUUCAAUUCAAAGCUUUUCUCAUCCAGAGAAGAUUUCAUCAAGUCAUCGAGAAUGUCUUUCUCUGCUGUUUCUGUAGUUCAAGCCGUCCGCCAUUCAUAGUUAAGAAAAAUAAUGAAUUUAUGGGAAUCACCCUCAUCUUCCCUGAUGAGAAGAACUCUUCAAGCUCUUGCAAACACAUUCUUAGAACUCCCUUAUGUUGAUGGCCAUAUUCAGUUCGUGAAAGGGGCUGACACUUUGGUGGUUGUGUACUUGUCCCCCUUACGGGGACGACGCUGCAGCAACGCUUAGGGGUCUUCUAAACUCAGGGGAUAAGACCCAGUAUGUCAUAGUGGUCACUGCUGUCAAUCCAAAAAUAUUUGGAGAAUGAGUUUUUGAAUUUGUUGCCUUUGGAUUGUACAUCUUUUGUACAAGGAUUACCAAGGCGACCAAAAGCUCACUAUCACCACUUACUCUUCAACCGGUUGGAAUAAAGCUUUGCUCUUUAUGUGAUGAUUAGUCUUUGUUAUAAGCUUUCUUAUUACAAGUCAUAAACUUUACUCUCGAGGUUUGUUUUCAUGUGAUGAAGUUGAUGUUUUUCUUUUGUAGUCAAUCACUACAAGUUGAACAAACAAGGGAGAUUUGUUUGUGGGUGAUGUCAAAGUUGCCUCUGAUUCUUCUAUCCUUACCGUUUUUACCUAUGACGAGGCUACCCCUGGAUUGAAGGCAAUUGUUAGCGCCAAGGUGUCUGAUCAGAAAUCUGCCGAGGUAAAUCAAUAUCUUUCAUUUAUAGUUUUGUUUGCGUGUUUUGUUCUCAGAUGGAGCUCCAGUAUCUGCACCCACAUGUUGGUAUUUGCACCAGUGUUGGAUUGACAGCCAACCCCGUUGUCAAUUUCUCCGGUGUGAUUGGGACCAGUGUAUUGGCUCUUGGUACCGAUGUGUGUCAAGUGUCCUUUGACACUGAAUCUGGAAACUUUAAACAUUUCAAUACUGGUGUGAGCUUCACUAAGGAUGAUCUGAUUGCUGCUCUUACUCUGAAUGACAAAGGUGAGAACACAGUGGUUGGAGCUGAGGUAAACCACAACUUGAAGAGCCAAGUGAUCUCCAUAACCGUGGGUGCUCAGCACUCUUUGGACCCGUUGACCACAGUGAAGGCACGCGUGAAAAAUGCAGGUAUAGCCAACCCGCUGAUCCAACACGAGUGGCGUCCAAAGUCGUUCAUCACCAUCUUUGGGGAGGUUGACUCUAGGGGGAUUGAGAAGAGUGCCAAGGUUGGGUUUACUAUCGCUCUCAAGCCUUGAGAAGAAUUCUAAUCUUUUGGACUAAUCUUUGUCUGGUUUUUUUCUUUAAAAUUGUUCAUUUGUUUUCUUUUUUCUACAAAAUAAGAAAAAAAAAUACUAUGAAAGGAUCGUCUUGAAGAUGAUCCAAGUCUCUUUCUUGAUUAUUUAAAUACUUCAAAUUAUAAAAAUAGAUGUAUUUUCUAA